CCAGCUUUCAUUUGUCUGUUUGCUUGCUUGUUUCCUGAGUCCUUCCUCCCUCGUGUCCACUGCACACACAGUCAGCUGGGAUGGACCAUUCAAUCAUUCUUCAAUCUGUUCAAUCCGUCUUUGUUCGCAUCGAUGAUUCGAUGGGUGCACAAAACGUACAUAAAUACCUUCACUCACAAACAAGACGGGACCCGAGUGUCGUGUCAACAGCCACAGAUCAACACAGCAGCGUCUCGACUGACCCACAUCUCAUCGACCUAUCCACACCCCCACACAUCUACAGGCAGACAGACAGACAGACAGCCCGUCCCUCGCUCAGCUGCUGCUGUCCAGUUGCAGCUGCUCCUCCUCCUUCCGGUCCAUCUUGGCCUCUCGAAUGAGCCGCCUCGCAUAGGGCGUGAAGUUCCUGACCAACGAGUCGAUGUCGGCGUCCAUCCUUGUGCCGAUGCCGCCCCACACCAGCCGAUCGGGAAUGUCCUUCAGAUCCUCACCAACCUGCACACACACUCACACGCAUACAUACCCAGAGAGAAGAGAGGCAGAUGAGCGAGCGGUCUAGAAGGAUGCCGAAUGCCUGCCUAUUAUCUGCCUGCCGGGCUGUCGUGUGUGCACACCAAACGCUCACCUCCCUGACGACGUGGUAGCCAAGCCGGCCAUACAGGCGGACGAGGACGUCGUGCAUGUGUGGGUCGUCGUAAAUGGCCAACAGCUCUGCCUUCUUGAUGCCACGCUGAUGCGCCUGCAGCACCACAUAGCCGCCCAGCAGAAACCCCAGACCAUACAGCGAGCCGACGGUCCAACGCCCUGACACCAACACACCAGAUAGAUAAGCACACCCCUCAGCUCAGCUUCGCUCCCCUCCCAUGAGUGACGUAAGUGAAAUCACCUGCAUUUGGCGAUAGCGUCUGUUGCGCCGGGUGGCGGAUCUCCACCUUAUCGAGGUGCACCACGUCCAGCAGCACCUUAUCGAGGAACCCAUCCACAUACCCGAUAAGGUUUUCGUCAUCCACCAGGCCUCUGGGCGUCCCCCGGACCCGCCGCCGCGCCAUCAUCGGCGGGGCUUUGAAGCCACCAACAGUCUUCUUGUUACCGCCUGACUUAUCCGGCACCCGCACCUCUACUCGGAAAAAGGGGCCGGUCAUUUCCCACUUGAACUGUAGGCCCCACAGCGACGCCAGCUCCUCAAAUUCAGAGAGACUGACCGUUGACGGCUCACGCUGGGGCUCAGACGAAGCCAUCCUCAGAAGGGCAGACGGACCUUCUCUCCGUCUAGGUGAUGGCGUGUGGUAACGACACCGGCUGACGGGGUG